AUGUCAGUUAAGGAGCGCCUGGACUUCCUUUCUUGGUUAUUCCAAUGCGGGCUGUCGCAAUAUAUGUCUGUUGCUAGUCGGGAAUUUCCCUUGAAACGAGGCGAGAUAGUUGAUAAGCCGCUAGGAUCUCCUAAACCGCAGCGUCAUCAUCCCUCGAUUACACGUCGCAAUUCAUGUGCAACUACGACCAGGUCGAGAAAGGGCAAAGCGUGGGAUUCUGAAGAAAUUAAGCUUCUCAUACAGUUGAAGGAACAGAACUUCUCAGGGUCUGCAAUUACGAGGGCAUUUGCAGAACAAUUUCUGGGAAGGUCGAAAGGCUCUAUUCAAGUAUAUUGGAGCACAAGUCUGAAGCAUUUGCACUGA